AUGGUUGUUCUUGAAAUAGUACUCUGUUUGCUGGUCAUCAUCAUCCCAAUCAUAACUCUAUGUACUAAGAAAGCAGCUAGAAUAAGAAAGAAGAGUUUUUCAAAGAGGAAAGGGCGGAAUCAAGAAAAUAUAUGUACAACACCAACUCCUAAAAUGACCGAAACAAAAAAAACCGAAUCAACGCCGAAAGAAAAAAUGAAACAAAAAGACGAGAAAACUCCAUUAACGGUAGAAUCAGCCGCAGGCCCCACAUCUCAAACAGGACAAAAACCGGAACUUGUCAGCUCUUCUCCAAAAAAAGACGAAAAUCUCUCAGAUGAGACUCAAAACAAUCUUGUACAGGGCACAUCCAGGAAUCAGUUUGAAUAA